AUGGCAUCAUCUCAGGUCAUGACCACCCGCCUCCUGACCGAGCUCCCUGCCGACGUUCUGGUCAAGAUCUUCCCCCUGCUACCUCUCCGCGACGCAGUUCGUUUCCUCCGAACGUGCAAGGGCUUGUACAAAUUCUUCAUUCAGGAGUUGUACGAGCGCAUGAAGAACCGAUUCUGGAUCCCCUUGCGCUUCGGAUGCGCUACAGGCAACAUCGCGACUAUCCACCGCUGCUUGAAUCAGCUAGGGGCGCCUGUCGACUGUUACCUUCCCAGGGAUAAUGGUACCCAUCGUUGGGGGGACGAAACCUACUAUGUAGUAGGCGGGUGGCGGCCUCUUCGCGAGGCCAUGCAACGCCUGCACAUAGAGGCUAUCAAGCUCCUAUUGAUCAACGGGGCCAACCCCAAUACAACCGCGGCUGAGGCUGCGUCUGGACAGUCCACUCCCCCCUUGGCCUAUGCCUACCGCCGCGGUGCUGAGAGCCGGCGCAAUGUGGUCAAAGCACGGGCAGUGUGCGUGUUGCUUGUUCUCGCAGGGGCUGACCUACGAGUGCUUGACCCAGUCAAGCAGUUGGAAGUACAAAUCAUGACACGGGUAAACCACUAUAUUCCCGCCUCUUGGCGAUGA